UCUUUCUCCUCGCCCACGCUAUGCCGCUCCGGAGCGCGCCCGAGCGCCGCCGCGGUUCCGAUCUUCCUGGGAUCGUGAUCCCGAGUCGCCCCUCGUCCAAGACGUUGCCCUAUAUAAAGCCCUACCUCUCCUCCCUCGACCCCCCUAAAACCCUACUCCAGAACCCACCACAGCCCCAGCCACAUCCGAACCGAUCUCGCCGCCUACCGCCGCCGUUUGUCGCCACUGCCACCAACGCGACGCCCCCGACACCCCGAGCUCCUGCCGGAGCAUCGAGGCCGCCUCGAGCCUCCUGCUCGUUCCUGCCGCCGCCGACCUCCGCCUUCACCACCACCAGGACGCCCUUGCUUCGCCGCAUCCGCCCGACGUGUCCUCCUUCCUCCCCGACUACCGGAGCUGCCGCACCGCCUUCGUCCGAGCCGUCGCCGUCGUCUCCGUUUGUCGCCGUCGUCGCUAAUUACUGGAGUGCGAAGUUUGCUAUCACGAGUCGCUAGCGUACGAAGAUCGUCAGCCAGGCAAGUCAUUUGAUCAUGUUUUACAAUACCUAUGAUUUGUUGCAUUAGAAUUUUUCCUCCCCACCAUGCAUGCAGUAGGAGAAAAUUGAAUCAAGUCUUGAGUAGUAUCAUGUGGUAGGUUCACCCAAAAUCCCUAUGUUAUCAUUGCCCGGGACGUCAUAGUUUAUUUUUGCUAUGAUUGUAGAUGGGGUUGGUUGAGUGAUUUGUAUGGGAGAUGUGAGAGUCAAUAUGAUGACAGCCCCAUGACUUCAGGAUGCUCAAGAUGGACUACAAAUUCACUACUGGGUGGAAGACGGUUGAUAGGCACCCUGGAGAAACCAGCGGAUGGCCGGGAUGCAUGGAGAAGCGCCAUGACAUCUUGCGGAAAGCUUCACCCAGCCACGA